GGUUGAUGUUGGGACGUGCUAACUGUUCUGAGUGAAUGUGGGUUCAUUUCCUUCGUGUGUUUCAGGGAAUGGCUUCACACGGACGAGGCCGCUCCGCUGGUGGUUGCGCCCCGCAUGGAGAGGAGCGUCGAGGAACGACGUCGUCGCCGACAAGGGAAACGAGUCGGGGAGUUGGAGGUGGGGAGGAAGAACGACGUGCUCAAAACUUGUGGUGCGACUACAGCAAACGUGUCUGGUAUUUGGACUGGGCGAGCAAGGACGGCUCCGACCCUUUGCAACCACCGUGCGGGCCGCUCUUGUUCGUCGCCGUUCGCGCCGAGAGAACGCGUCUCGCAGGGUCCAUCGUCCAGUGGGUCGACGAUGGCGAAUACAAUUUCAAGUUUACGUUGAAGAACCAUUACAGAAGUGAUGGUUCUGUCGACGGCAUCGCAAAGGGAUGCAAGGUUGCCAGGAGGAUGUUUGGCGGGUACGGCCGUCGUGCGAUGUCUUUGCCUCACUUUGUCCCGCUAGCGCCGGGGCACGACGAGGCCGUUCACGUCACAGACUUCCUCGAGGUCUGGGCGAAAUCUGGUACCUCUGUCAGUGCCGUGGACGUCGGACCUGGAACAUCGAUCAGUGGUCCUGUUGGGUUCGCGGGAGGAGAGUGCUCUGAAGGGGGGAUGGGAGGUCAGGGUGGCCUUCCAGCUACGCCUCCAGAUCAAGAGGUGGGCAUGUCAGACGACUCGGAGGAUGACCAUCCGCGUGCUCCUUUGAAACCGGGCCUGCAUGUAUCUCGCCGCCACGGUUUGCUUGGGGAGUCGACGCCACAUGGAGGCGGCGAUGGCGAACGGUUGCGACAGGGCUCAGAAUCGACGACUCCUCGUGGUCUGGUCGAAAGGAUCGGUUCGUUCGUUCGUGGCAUGCAGGUGGYCGAGGUUUCGCCUGGAGAUCGAGCGGGUGGUCCGCAGGUUCGGGAGACCGAGUUGAGCCAGGAACGAGAAGCAAGUGGGAACGUCGCCGGUGAGGAGGAGGUGUCCGAGCAGGGGCUGUUCCGUGAGAGAUCGGCUGAAAAAACUCAGUCGGGAGGCAAGCGCAACUUGCCAGAUGAGGAAGAGCGAGAGAGAGUAGGUGCUCUGAAAAGGCAGAGAAAGGCAGGAGGGAGUGCUCGAACGCCAACAACACGAGAGGGCGGUUCCGUUGAGAAGAGGAAAAGGGUUGGAGGUGGGGAUGAAACGCCAAAAGACUCGUCGACACGGCGAAGAACCGGUGAGUCUUCCGGGAAACGGUCGAAAUCAUCCAGGGGGAAGAAAGCAGACGAGGGCGACAGCGGGGAGGGGGAUGACGACGUGGAGAUUAACCUCAACGCCUUUAACCUCGACAAUGCGUUCUUCCUUGAGAUGCAGACAGAGGUGCAGAAGGACAUCGUGUUGCACAUCCAUCCCGAAAGAAUAUUAGCUAUUCCAAACUGGGAAGACGCGUACAACCACCGAUCCUUGGACGAGUUCCUCGUUGAUACCAUCACGUCGGCUAUGAUCGACUGCUACGAACCCAAAGACAUGAGAUACACGAAGCCCAUUUUCGUUCUCGCUCCGAUCGUCGCGCCUCUAGAGAACGGCGAGCCUGCUGUGUGCAUGCUGCCUGCUGACUUCAACAGCUCACACCCGGAGAAAUACUGGUAUUACCCUGUGUGUGGACAGCAUAACGCAAGGGCGGCGAUGAUGGUGAAAGACCAUCCCGUGUUUGAUUACUACAACUUCUGUAAAUGGCCAUUCAGACCGAUCUACUUCCCUGACGACGAGUUCAACGGCUACGCCCAUGUCAGCUGCGAAGACAACAUGAAAGACAAGAAGAAUCCACCGCGCUUGCAGGUUUUGUCUAUGCGGGACAUUCGCAAUAUCUGGAAAAUUAAGGGCAAACCGCGUGUGGUGCUCGGCAAUGCCUCGAAGAAACAGGACGAGGUGCGAAAGUGGGAGUGGUCGAAAGGGAAACUCCUUGCUUCCGACGGCCGGCGUUGGACUGAAAAGCCGCCCACCCAUGAGGAGGUGGCCAAGCCAGGACUCUCCACUGUGACUAACAGCCAGGGGCUGAAGAAACACAUCUGGUACGUGAAGGUGGACGACCCGUCGUUGAAAAAGGGCAGGGGGAAGCCAAAGAAAGGCGCGGAGGAGAAAACUUUCUACGUCCAAGUUCCGGAGCCGGAUGUCCACUGCUGGAAGGAAUUGGUGGACUUGACGGACCGCGAGAAGAAAAGGCUGUUGAACGGCGUCUUGAACCUUAACGCCGUGUGGGUUCAAACAAGUAGCAAGAAGUUGGCCGAGCAGGGGAAGUUCAGUGUCAAGGAGAUGGUCGACAUAAUAAAAAUGGACCGGAUUAUGCUGAGGCUGCGGCACUACGUGGAGUUCGAGUACGAGGAAAUGGAUAAGCGGGAAUGGAAUGCCAACUCCACGUUCUUCAGGUCCAAGAAGCAACUGUUCGAAGAGUUCAAGGACAGAGGUCUCGACGACAAGCUUUGGAACGAGAGCAGGAAAUUUUUCACGGACACCACAUACGUCAACAAGUGCCCUCAGUUUCUCGGGUGUCAACACGACAACAACGUCAAGAGAACGACGGCCCUCGUCAACGACCAGCAUUUUCCGGCGGAGUGGAAGCAAAGUGACACUACGGAUGUGGAGGAGAAGUCUUUCAAGUCCUUGACUUUCGCGGACAUCGAAAACCUGACCCGGAGGGGGGCUCUGUACAAGGACGGCGAGCGAAAUCCGAAUCAGUUGUGCAAUCAGCUUCUUUUCUUCUGUGGUGUGGCGGAUGCCGUGCUGUUCUUGGGCAAGCCGCACGCGCAGGUGGUGUGGAGUCUGCUUCAGCAGGGAAGGCACGUCUUGGCCGUGGAUGGGGACACAACGCAGCUGGAAUACACCGUGCGGUAUGUCACCCAUGAAGUGUCGUCCAAGGCUUACCCAUGCGAUUUCCACCAUGUCGUGGUCGAGGCCGUUUAUGACCCGAACAAGGACAUGUUCUUCAGAUUGACUCCGAAGAAAAGGCGUCAGGUCUACUCCUUCCUUUACGGCGAACAACCAAGGUUGAGAUUUGACCCGCAGUACGUAGUGCAGAAGGCCAUUGCGGUCCUCCAGGGCUACCACGGAGCGAGUCGGGCCGGCGCUGUGAGCUUCAUUAAGAGGCUGGAAUAUGUCUUUUUUAACGAGGAUGUUGUCGAUCCGGCCGACUUCACUUUGGAUAAGUACAAGCUGGCAUUCGGUGAGGAGGACGACUUCAAUAUCGAGACUAAGCAGGAGGAGAGCAUUGAGGAUGACCUCUUCGAUAUGGACGGGCAAUUGGCCAUCUUCAACGCCCAAGUUUCUGAGUCGCCAUCAGUAUGCAAACCGGGGAUACCUCUCACUACACCUACCUUGGGCGGUCCCACGCCCGUGUCCUCCUCAGCGCCUGUCAAGAGGGGUGGGUUGUCCCGUCUGAGGAGUUCGCCGGGGGAGCCUAUUCGUUUCACGCCGCAGCCCGAACGUCUUCGACCCGGCCAUCCAGUUCCUCCGGACCAUCCGCAUCUCAAGGCUCCUGCGACUCCCUUCCACAUGGGCGACAAACACACCUUCUCCACAGCCGAAGAUUGGGGCCAUGAUAUCGUGUGGCACCCAGACCAUUUUCAGCCAGUCCUUCUCGACGGCGAAUGGGCAGUGGUUGUGAGGGACGUAAGUGGAGGGUGGAUAUAUGACGAUCAUUGGGACCUCGAGACAUUCGAAUCUCGCGCCUACGAUGCGGUAUUGGAGAGAUUAAGUGAGGUCAAUCGACGAAGUAAGGACGACCCUGCUCUUCGCGAAUAUGGGGACACGCUGUUCGAGUUAUUGCAGUCAAAUAAAUGGCUGGAAGUGUCCUCCGCAAUCCACGCCCUUCCGUCAAGCCCGUCAAUUAAGCAAGUGAGUUGGGAGUUGCCUGAGGUCACCCCGCCGGCAGGAGUUGUGAAGCGCAAGUCUCGCGGAAAGGACGUCGACGGGGAUGGUGAAGGCAGCGGGCAACGAGGUACCGGAGGUGGAAGUGAACCGCGUUCGAGGAAACAGCGGUCUCCGGGGCACGCAGGUGGCGGAGAGGGGAAGAAGGGCAGCCGGGAGAAGAAAAAGCCUCGCAGCGGAGAGAAGACGAAGUAUCACAGAGGAGACGGCAUGGGUCCGAUGUCGACCGCGACGAGGACGGACCCUGUGAUUAGCUCCACCAGCAAAACACAGUUUGUCGAUGCGGUUGGCGGGGCGGGUGUCGCAAAGCAUGGAACAUGCUUCGCUCAGCUCCAAAAACGGUUGGCAGAUUGUCUCGGAUCAAUCCGAACCUCGGAGACGACGUCGUUGUCUGGAACUCAAUGCCUUCGGGGAAGCGAGACGACAACAUACCACGGGUCCGGCAGCGACAAGCUGGAACCGUUAAUGCUAUGCGUGGAAGCCCACAAGGAGCUUCAGGCGGACUUUCCGACUGAGGGUGAGUUGGCGACCAGUUCCAAUGUCGAGCCCAACACACUCGGAGCCGAGUUAGCAAUCGUAAGCGACUCCCCGGUGAAAGCGAUCAUGUCGGCGUCAUUGGAAACUGCGGGGGCUCGGAUGAAUCCGAACCAGGGCCCUGUGAACAUGUCCCUCCCUGAUGCAUCUUUGGAGACGACCGUGAUUCGGAUUCAUCCGAGGCACACGGACGAAGGACUUCAACUGGCAGGCGUUGAGGGUUGUCGACUACUGACGACUUUGGACAAGGACAAUACCGCCGACGACCGGAUUGAUCCGACACUCAGCGACGUCGGGAUGGAGCUACCAGUUCAGUCGGGAUACGACGAUCCCUUGUACUCCGCCCUUCACAACGAGGCGAUGGGGGAGGACGUUCUGAAGAAGGCCUCUGACGCUGUUGGAGAUAUAUUUCUGUAUUUGAGUGACGACGACAAAGACACAGCGUACGGGGACAAGACAUUAAGGGGGGAAGAUGUGUUGUUGGACAUCCAUGGGACAUUGAGCCCAACACAGUACGACACAGUGGCAAUGGAGAAAACACAACCUGUCGAUGUUGUGGGCGCUUUGUCCGGGGACGAAUAUACCGUCUACGGUCAUCGACGCCAACAUCUCGAGCCUGUCAAGUUUCCCUGUGGGUUUGGAGCACGUUGGUUUCCUCGAGAUGGAAAAGCGGUCCUUGAAGACGUUAUCUGCUCCCGGUUGCCGCUCACUAUCAUCGUCGUGUGUUUGCCGUCGCACAGUUUACAGGUAUCCGUCAAGGACAUCGUCGCACUCAUGGAUAGAUCCGGGGAGCUCAACGAUGAGGUUGUCAAUUUCUACAUGGCGAUGCUACUGGACGACUGCGGUCGGACUGCCGCUACCAUGAAGACAUAUACCAUGAAGACAUACACCUUUAACUCCUUCUUCGCCUCUUCACUGCUUCUGCGAGGUCCGGCAUUUGUUCUCAGAUGGGCCAAAGAUGUCGACCUCCUGUCUCAUGACCUCGUCUUGGCACCAGUGCACAAGGACGGCGAACACUGGAGCCUUUUGGCCAUUGACUUCUCUAGACGUGUUUUGGAAAUCUAUGAUUCUUUCUCGUGUUCGUCAUCCAAAGAUUCCUUCUACUCUGCACUUCUGGAUAAAACUGUUAAAUUUUUGAACACGAUGGCAGGUGCCGCCGGUGAUGGUCGCACUUUCGACCACUUCGCUCGCGAGGUCAACGUGAAAGGUGUCCCUCUACAGCACAACGGGGCUAGUUGUGGGGUGUUCAUGUUGAUGUUCGCUUCCUGUUUGGCAAGAGGUUUACGUCCACCUUUUGGUUUCUCCCAUAGACACAUCUCCUCUAUCAGAGCUAGACUAGCUUUGGCGAUUUGCGAUGUUGGUAGGUAAGCGUCUAUCUCUUUGUUGAUCAUGUAGUGUAGAAGGGUUGACGUAGAAGAACAUUUCCUUCUUCUCCGGACGAAAUUUGUUCCUUUUCAUUUUUUCCGUGAGAGACUGGUGGGUGUUCUCGGUUUGUUUCAAAGCAGAACUGGCUGUCACUGCCAAGAUAUCUCCGGGUGAGCUUGUCAUGUUCCCGGCGUGUUUGUCGUCGACAAUAUUGUUCUUUCUCAUUGGGUUUCAAUUGUCACGAACGU